GUACUCCUUUUGAACUUCUAGCAUUUUGGUUUCUCGAAAAGUUGAUUAUGAAUAAGUUUCUUUCUUCUAAGUUUUUGAUAAUCAAAAUCAACUUAGUCAUCUUGGUUUGUUUCUUAAUUGCUUAUGCUGCCCUUCUUCACUGGCAAUUAUCUUCUGCUUAUCAUGUAUAUUCAACUUCUCCUGUUAGAUGCACAUUAUGUGAUUGCCAUCACAAGGUGGAAGAACCAAUAGUGGUGGAUGAGACAAAGGCAAUUUUAUUGAAGAAAAUGGUGAGACAUGAAAAGCCAAGUUUUGUGAAAGAAAUAAUGGGGAGAGGAAUGAAGAUAGGAAUGGUGAAUAUGGAAGAUGAAGAUGUUAGUGAAUGGAGAGUCCAUGGACAAAUAAUAACAGUACAUUUUCAGAAAGUUUCAGAGUUGUUGGAAUGGGAUGACUUGUUUCCAGGACAGAUAGAUGAGGAUUUAGAACAGAAGGAUGAUAGACAAAUAGGUGCAGAAAUACCAAUGCCACCUUUCUAUAGCUAUAGUUACACGGACAUAAUAGUUGUGAAAUUGCCAUGUAAGUAUCCACAGGAAGGUUGGAAAAGGGAUGUGUUUAGACUACAAGUGCACCUUGUGGCUGCAAAUUUGGCUGUGAAAAGAAAGAAGGGUAAAAAUGGAAAGAUGAAAUUGAUUUUUUUGAGUAAGUGUAUGCCAAUGAUGGAGAUUUUUAGAUGUAAAGAACUAAAGAAAAGGGAAGGAGAUUGGUGGUAUUAUGAGCCAAAUAUGGCUAAAUUGGCACAAAAAGCUUCAUUGCCUAUAGGUUCUUUCAAGUUGUCUUUGUCUCUCAGGGAAAUAGAAAUGAACAAGGUGUUUGAUAUCUCCAAUUCUAAAAGCAGAGAAGCCUACGCCACAGUUCUUCAUUCAUCUGCACAAUAUGUAUGUGGUGCAAUCACACUAGCUCAGAGUCUUCUUCGGACCGGAACCUCACGGGACCUAGUCCUUCUCCUAGAUAACACUAUCUCCAAGCCCAAACGCGAUACGCUGAUCAAAGCAGGGUGGAAACUACGGUUCAUAAAGAGGAUAAGAAAUACUAGAGCUGAGAAAAACAUGUACAACAAGUACAAUUACAGCAAGUUCAGGUUAUGGCAGCUAACUGAUUAUGACAAAGUUGUGUUUAUUGAUGCCGAUAUCAUUGUUCUUCGUAACAUCGACAUUCUUUUCCAGUUUCCUCAAUUGUCAGCUACAGGUAAUGAUGGAUCAAUCUUCAAUUCUGGAGUAAUGGUGAUCGAGCCAUCAAAUUGCACAUUCAACAUGUUCAUGCAACAUAUAAAAGACAUAAUUUCAUAUAAUGGAGGUGAUCAAGGUUUCCUUAAUGAAAUAUUUGUAUGGUGGCAUAGAUUACCUAGAAGAGUAAACUUUUUCAAGAACUUCGAAAAUUCUAAUGAGGUCAGUGCUAAGAACCAACUAUUCGAAGCAGAUCCUCCGCAACUCUAUGCAAUACAUUAUAUGGGGUUAAAGCCGUGGGUGUGUUACAGGGACUACGAUUGUAAUUGGGAUGUUGGAUAUUUACGUGUGUAUGCUAGCGAUGUCGCGCACAGAACAUGGUGGAAAAUUCAUGAUGCCAUGGAUGAGAAUUUGCAGAAAUUUUGUGGAUUGACAAGGCAGAGGAAAAUUGAAUUAUUUUAUAGUAGAAAAGAGGCAGAAGAAAUGGGAUUUAAAGAUGAACAUUGGAAGAUUAAUGUUACUGAUCCUAGAAAAUUUACUUAACUUAUUGAUUGGAUUCUUCUAACUAUUUUAUUAGUUCA